GAUUCUCCCGUUGGCCCGGGAGAUUCUGGCGGAGCGCUGCUGGAUCGAUCUAGGGUAUGGCAUUGCGAGCUCCAGGGCUGUCGCGGUCGCUAUGAGGCGAGGCGGCGCUUGAAUCGUCGAUCUCUGAGGGUUUCUUGGCUCGAAUGAAGGGGCAGAGGGAUCAGCAUCGGUUGCUGCUCCAGCGAUGGCGGAUUUUCUUCUCCGGCCACUCGUCGUAUCACAUCAAGCUGCUUGUGCUCGUCGCGAUUCUCUUGUCCACGGCGCUGCUCGCGCGCCGGGCGUCUUCUUUGAUGGGAUGGAGGCACGGAACGACAGAGUGUCAAGAUCGCAUGAGGCGGCGCUACACGGUGCUCAUCAACACCUGGAAGAGGAACGAUUUGCUCAAGAAAUCGGUAGCGCACUACUCGACUUGCAAGGGGAUUGACGCGUUUCGAGUUGUGUGGAGCGAGCCGGAGAUGCCCAGCAGCGAGCUGCAUUUGGCUCUGCUGGAUUCCAUCGCCAAGAACCGCCGGAGCUCCCGAGCUCCAGAGCUCCACUUUGACAUCAACCGGGAAGACAAUCUCAACAACAGGUUUAAACCGAUUAAAGGCCUCACCACCGACGCCGUCUUCUCCGUGGACGAUGACGUCCUUGUUUCUUGCGGCACCAUGGCGUUUGCUUUCAUUUGGCUCAGUGCUCGAGACACCAUGGUCGGCUUUGUUCCACGAAUGCACUGGGUACAAUCCAAGAGCCAAAAUCCAGCGCAAACUACUUACAAGUAUGGAGGGUGGUGGACUGUUUGGUGGACUGGAUCAUACAGCAUGGUUCUUUCCAAGGUCGCGUUCUUUCACAAAAAGUAUCUGGAGCUUUACACGCACCAGAUGCCUCGGAUCAUCCGUAACUACGUCGCCAACGAGAGGAACUGCGAAGACAUUGCGAUGUCUUUUCUCGUGGCAAACGCAACGGGUGGUCCUCCAAUUUGGGUGAAAGGCCGCGUUGUGGAGAUUGGUUCUUCUGGAAUCAGCAGCUUGACGGAUCACAACCACAAAAGAUCAAGAUGCCUCAACUAUUUCACGACACUCUUUGGCGGCAUGCCGCUCGUUGCAACCAGUGUCAAGGCCGUGAACUCCAAACGCGAAUGGUCUUGGUAAAAUGCUGUUAUAGUGUUCUUUGUUUCGAUCUUCGACUUAGAAUCUAAGCAGUGUCCUAGAUGGUAUUCUUGCAGAGCUUGUAUUCCUUAAAUUUUCUGAGAGAAAAUUGUAGGAUUUACAUAGAAGAACAUAGAUAGUUUAGAAUUUUAUAUGAUACAAGUACUUGCCCAGCAAAUGCUGGGUGGUUUACAAAGAGGUGGACGCACCAGAAAUAUGUUUCUUACCUGAACUCAA